UUUCCCCCCCUUCCAGUCCGGACACUUUCCCCCCCCUUCCAGUCCCCGGACACUUUCCACCCCCUUCCCAGUCCGGACACUUUUCACCCCCUUUACCAGUCCGGACACUUUCCCCCCUUCCAGUCCGGACACUUUCCCCCCCUUGUCCGUCCGGACACUUUCCCCCCUUCCAGUCCGGACACUUUCCCCCCCUCACAGUCCGGACACAUUCCCCCCCUUCCAGUCCGGACACUUUCCCCCCCUUCCCAGUCCGGACACUUUCCCCCCUUCCUGUCCGGACGCUUUCAACCCCUUCCAGUCCGGACACUUUCCCCCCCUUCCAGUCCGGACACUUUCCCCCCCCUCCAGUCCGGACACUUUCCCCCCCCCUUCCAGUCGGACACUUUCACCCCCUUCCAGUCCGGACACUUUCCCCCCCUUCCAGUCCGGACACUUUCCCCCCCUUCCAGUCCGGACACUUUCCCCCCCUUCCAGUCCAACACUUUCACCCCCUUCCAGUCCGGGACACUUUCACUCCCUUCCAGUUUGGACACUUUCACCCCCUUCCUGUCCGGACACUUUCCCCUCCUUCCAGUCCAGACACUUUCACCCCCUUCCAGUCGGGGACACUUUUCACCCCCCUUCCUGUCCAGGCCAAUUUUCAGCUUUCAGCGCUGUCACACUUUGAAUGACAAUUGCGCUGUC